GCAAUGGGUCUUCAAGUGGAGGUGGUAGAAGCAGAUUCCACAUUGGUGCUAGGAUGUUUAUCGAAAAGACAUCUCGUCUUUUGCAAUUACAGUUUAUUAUUCGAGAAUGUAAAGAUCUCGUACAUCCAGGUACUAUAAUUCUUGACACAGUAAGAGAAGGUAAUAGAGUAGCCGACAGUCUAGCGGAUUGGGCAUAA